GUUUAAAAACCUAACAGAUACUUUAGUUGCAAACGAUCGAACAAACGAUAAAGUUGUCUUGAAAACACGGUUCUCUUAAGGGGCUUUAAAUAGUUGUUGUGUUUCUUGAUCUCGUGCCAAAACUAGAAUAAUAACAAUCGUAAUGAAAAUGUUAACUCAAAGUUUUAAAUUGUGUUUUGUGGUCUUACUUUCAAGUAUAUUUGGCAUAAGAGAGACUUAUGGCAAUGGUCAUAAAGAAGUUUCAAUGGAAGUUAAUAUAACGAAUAGUAGUGUUAAUAAAACGAUGUCGUAUAAAGUUGAAGAAAUUCAAGGAUCUUUAGCCGAUAUGGGCGAAGGUCCACACUGGGAUGUUGCCAGUCAAAAUUUAUACUACGUCGACAUAAAUGCUGGUAAAAUUUUACGCUACAGCUAUAAAGAGAAUAAAGUUUAUAAAGCUAAAGUAGAAGGAGAAGAAUAUGCUAGUUAUAUUAUACCAGUCGAGGGCACCAGCGAUCAAUUCGCUGUGGGUUGUGGACGUCGUUGCCUAGUUGUGCGCUGGGAUGGUGUUUCUCCUACAGCAAAACCAAUUUCUACUCUCUUCGAGGUACAAAUGGGUAAUGAUCGUAAUGAGAGUAUUCGUUUGAAUGAUGGUAAAUGUGAUUCAAAAGGACGUUUAUUUGCUGGUACUAUGCGUCAUGUGGGUGAUUUAUAUGAACAUCGUUGGGGUGAAUUGUAUAAAUAUGAAAAGGGAGGUAAAAUCGAUAUAAUUAAAUCCGACGUGGGUAUUUCGAAUGGUUUGACUUGGAAUGAUAAACUAAAGAAAUUCUAUUUUGCUGAUACCGCCGAUUUUGAGGUUAAGGAAUAUGAUUAUGAUGUGAACACAGGACAAAUCAAUAUUAAUAAACCCAAAAUUACUUUGGAUUUCCGUAAAAAUACCACUAAAAAUCAUUUACUACCCGAUGGCAUGACCAUUGAUACCGAGGGCAAUAUUUAUGUGGCCACUUUUAAUGGUUAUGCGGUAUAUAAAAUUAAUCCUAGUACGGGCAAAAUUUUAUUGGAAAUUAAAAUACCUUGCUUGCAUGUUACCUCUGUGGCUUUUGGUGGACCCAAUUUGGAUAUUUUAUUUGUGACCACCGCUAAUGAAGGUGACCUUCCACCUCCCUGUGGUUCGGUUUUUAAAGUUACCGGCUUGGGUGUCAAAGGUUAUCCAAUGACAAAUGUUAAAAUUUAAUUUAAAAUGUUAAAGAUUUCCAUGUAAUCAAGUAUUAUUGUAGAUUUUCAAGAAAAUGUUAACAUAGGGAUAGAAAUUACAUUGUAAAUUGUUAUUAUUAGUGUUUAAAUAGAAAAUUGUUAAAUAAAUUUUAAUUAAUCGGAAAUAGCAUUCUGAGAACUUGA